UAAUUUUCGAAUAUAAUUAGCUGGAUUUUCUACUAAUUUUAAUUUGUAACCUAAAAUACAAAACAUAACCUAAGCAACAACAGUAAACAUGAUCAGAAAUAGAAAAGUAUCGGUAAUACUAAGAUUUUCUAUAAGACAGUACCAAAGUCAAAGCAAGUUUAAAGUUUUGGGUAACGAGGAGGUAAUACAAAAUGUUGAAAAUAAUGUGUAUUCUGCCAGAAGGCAUCCUGGAAUUGUUAAGCAGCCCACAAAUGCAUUACCUGAUAACGUAGUUAAAAGUAUAAGAAAUAUAAUUGAAGAUCAUCCAAUCAAAUUGCUUGCUCAAUCUGCUACUUUACUGAACAGGAAGUUAUUAGGGCGAUUACCACCAAUGGAAGCUGAAGGAGUGUCAGAAUUGAAGAGCAAUAUAUUUGAAAAGGUGAUGAGCAAGGAAGCUUCAAAAGUUGCACCAGACAAACUGGAGACUGAUCAGUUUAAGCAGAAAGUCAAAGAUAAAGUGAUCAACAUGUUGAAGGUGCAUGUUUAUAAUUGGUCUCCAAUUGUUUAUGAUGCUUACAACAGUCUUGUAUAUCUCAUAGGAAGGUCUGCACCAGAGUAUUCAGUACUAGUAAAGAUAUUCACUGAAAUUCAAUUGAGAGACAAAGACUUUAAACCUAGGAGUUUGUUUGAUUUUGGAUCUGGUGUUGGAACAGUCACCUGGGCUGCAAAUAUAUUUUGGAAGCAAAACCUUUUUGAAUAUUAUAACGUGGAUACUUCUUCGUUCAUGAACGAUUUGGCGCAGAUCAUCCUGCAAGGUGGUAGAGGAUCAAAGCAGUCGAAUCUUAAAGGAGUUUAUUACAGGCAGUUCAUGCCUUCCAAUAAUACGACUUACGAUUUGGUUGUAUCGGCUUAUACUUUAAUGGAAUUACCUUCAUUCCAAAGCAGAAUGGAGGCUGUAAUGAACUUGUGGAACAAAACGGAAAGGUAUCUGAUCAUUGUGGAAUUGGGAACUAAAGCCGGAUUCAAUAUUAUCAAUGAGGCCAGAGAUUUCGUGCUACAAAUCAAAGAUGAACGUAAUAGGGGACACGUAUUCAGUCCGUGUCCGCACGAUUUCGCGUGUCCCAAGUACAUGAGCAGCAAUUACGCCUGCAAUUUCGAAGUGAACUUUAUUAAUUCAUCCACAUCCGAGAGAAUGCAAUUAAUGAAGGAGCAAUAUUCUUACGUCGUGUUAAAAAAAGGAGCAAGGGAUGAACGUGAUGAGAGGUGGCCGAGGGCCGUGAAGGAGACUUUGGUACGUUCCAAGCAUAGUAUUUGCAGAUUGUGCACGGCGAACGGAAGUCUGGAUGAGGUGAUAUUCACAGCAUCGAAGCACGGAAAAAGCACGUUCCAUUGCGCUAGAUCUACAAAAUGGGGCGAUAGACUACCGGUGACAUUGACCACAAAAUCAGAGGAAGACAACUAAUAGUGU